AUGUACUUAAUAAACCGACGACACGUGGAUUCGCCAAAAGAGGAGAAUGUAUUUCAAGUGUUAAGACUCUUAAGGAAAUCAAAUUUGGACGACAAUGAAGUCCAACAGAUUCUCGAUGAGAAGAGAAUUGGGUUUGGAUUGAAUCGGGGAUAUUCUGGCGCUCAGGCGGCUAAACACCUUCUCGGCCUCUCAGCCGCUAAUCUGCCCACAAGUCCCGGAAGAAGGAGGAGAAGAGCUGUAGUAUUAAUGAAUUAAAUUUAAUACUUUAAAUUUAUUGUGCAUUUAUUUAUUAUGUUGUAAAUUCUGUAUAAAUAGA